UGUCUAGGGGGUGGCCAGGGGUGGCACGUGCUACCCCUGGAAUCUGAUUGGCCACCCCAGGUGCCACCCCAUAUGCUAAACUAUGAUUGGCUAUCUGCCCACGGAGGCGGGAACGUUUGAAUUGUGUGACUACCGAACUUUCAUUUUCAACCGACAAGAAGACAUCAAGAAGACAUCAAGAGAUUGCGGCUACUCGCUCCUGAAAGAUGUCUGUCAUCAUCGCGACUGUCGACAGUGUCGACUGACUCAGCUUGCUGCCUAGCAAACCUGUCCAGGGAUUCUUAGCUCCUGAAAGAUGUGAGUAGACUUAUUGAUACACAUGUGUGAAUGGUUUAAAAGCUAAAACGUUUUCCCAUCUUAUUUUAUUAUUUCCUGACUCAGCUUACUAGCAAACCUGUCGUCAUCAUUGUUUGGUUAUUGUCAACGAUGCUAACGCUAACGCUAAUGCUAACGCUAACGCUGAUGCUAACGCUAGCUAACUUAACGUUACAGUAUGUAAAUCUGUCUUGUAUCUCUUCUAACUUUGUAACAUUAGACCUGAGUAAGUUUUGCAUGUCACAUUCAUUCAUGCAUUCAUAAUUAGGCUAAAUGUAUUGUGCAAGAUAUAGUGACAUGCAUCAUGACAUGCGACUAUUACAGUAUGAAAAGAAAUCAGAACAUUCAGGGAUUCUUCAAAAGAAAGAAAUCCAAAACAACAGAGCAGGACAGAGCAGCAGAAGCCAGCAGUGCUAGUCAGUCUGAGGAUGAGAGCCAGCUUGACUCUGCUAGGGAUGUACAGCAGGAGCCUCCAGCUUCAGCUGUACACAUGGACUCAGACAAGGAUACUGGUGAUGAAGGCCCUUCAUCUUCACUUGCACAUCAGGCAGUACCUGCAGGCCAUGCAGUGACACGUGGGGAUGGUGAUGCAGCAGCCCUUGUGGCCCCACCUGGACCUCAUGAUAUUUCACAGUCAAGAGCAGCAGGUCCCUCUCAGCCUCGUUUAAAGGUUUUUCCAAGAACCCUCCAAGGUGAGAAGAGGAGGCGUUCAAUCCAGGACGUGUGGCUCCCGGGAGCCAACGGAGGGCUGGGUAGGAGGCAGAGGAGAAGUCGAGGCUUCUGGGGCCGAAGAGAAGUGCUGUGUUGCCAUCUGGUGGAGCUGCUGUCCAAGUUGGUCGACGUUAGCCGUGAGGGUCUGGAGGGAAUCCAUCAUGCUCUUGAUCUUGUGGUCGUGACCACCCACGAGGAUACCUUGAGAGGCGAUAGCCUGACGGAGAUGAUCAGAGUCCGCUGA